UCAAGGCCCAGACCAAACCCUAACCGUAACUCUAGAGUUCUCGUUGCCGGCGUUCUGUCUUCGUCCUCUUUUCUCCCUGGGCCGGUUUCGUAACUAAGAUUUUGGCGACCAAAGUUCAGAAAUGGCUGCCGCUUUUGCUUCAAAGUUUUCCCGCGUCAGCCGUUCAUUGUUGGGUGGACUUGGAAACAAUUUGUCUACUUCAUUGACCACAUCAAAUGAGACAAUAUGCAGCAGUUUCAUCUCUCAGUUGCAGCAACAAAGAACUUUCAUACAGAUGAGGACUGUGCUAAAAGUAGUGGACAAUUCGGGGGCAAAAAAAGUGAUGUGCAUACAAUCGUUGAAGGGGAAGAAAGGAGCAAGACUAGGAGACACAAUCGUAGCAUCAGUGAAAGAAGCCCAUCCUAAUGGAAAAGUGAAGAAAGGAAAAGUUGUAUAUGGUGUAGUUGUGCGAGCUGCAAUGCAAAAAGGCCGCUGUGAUGGGAGUGAGGUCAAGUUUGAUGAUAAUGCUGUAGUACUUGUAGACAAGCAAGGCCAGCCUAUUGGGACGAGAGUGUUUGGUCCAGUUCCUCACGAACUCAGGAAGAAAAAGCACGUGAAGAUUCUUACUUUAGCAGAGCACAUCGCUUGAAAUCAAUAAUCAAGUCAGAGCCAAGGAUAGAAGGUUUUGUUUGUUAACUUCUUAAUUAUGUUCCCAAAAGCACAACCUUAACCGGAAGAAAGCAAGUGAAUCUGCUAAAACCAUCUGAUAAAUUUGUCUUUGGGAAACGAUAGGGAAGUUCUUGCAGAUAAUUCGUCUUCUAUUUUGAAUUUAAAAAACUAGUACGUGGCUGGUUAGUUUUCGAACACCGGUGCUUAAACGUGGUUUGAAAGUGUUUCAUAGAAUGUCUUUGUGUAUGCAAAUAUUUAUGCAGAAGCCAAACAUUUAUACAUUGUACAAUUUUAACUCAAAGAUUUAAGAUGAUUGCAUCAUCUAUCUAAGUAAUGAGUCCAUUGGCUUU